CCAUACAUGUAAAGAUUAUCUGAUGUGCAGUGGGUGAAUGCUGCAGGCUUGUUUUGCUUUCCCCUUUCCUGUAUUGCUUCCUUUACACACUCUCAGGAAGUGUAAUGUUUUUUUUGUUGUUUUUUUUCACACACUGGUUUGGUUCUGAACUUCUCCAACUCUUACAGAAAAGAAGCAAUUAUCCUUUUUUUGUUCUUUUUAGCAGUAAAAGCAGUGGUUCUGUUCAUGGAAUAGUGCUUUAUUUGCUUUAAAUUGAGUUGAGAUGUUUGCAUUGAACAACAUGGACUGCAUGAAACUCCAUUGGCUUCCAUGGAAACAGUUUUGGGAAGUCGAUGCUCUGGGAGGAGUUUUGGGGUGUUCUUUUUUUUCUUUUUUUUUCUCCCUCAGUUUUCUUCAGGAUGACACAUGAAACUUUCCCGAGCAGUAGUUUGGUCCCAGACUGUGCUGCGCUGCGCUCCUUUAUCUCCAGGACCAACGACCUUCAGCUUUGUAGAACCUCAAGCUCCUGCCUGUUUUAGAAGUCCGUCCAAUGGGGGAAACCGACGGAGUUUGAAGAAACGCCACCGACAAGACAAGUCUCAAAUGCGCUGCGAUGAGCCCGCAGGACGCCGCGAAGUGACGGAAGAGCAAGAAGUUGAGAAACGUCGAGCGCUUUCGCCCGGGCUCGGUUUUCGGCUCUAGAGCUCGCAGUGGCCCCCGGAGAAGCUGCGUGCAGCGCCAUGGCCGCUCAGUGCGACGCCUUAAGCGGAUACUUGCAGCAGUCGGACCAGGGCUCCAACAGCGAGCGCAGCGCCGACUCGCCUCUGCCGGGAUCGGAGGAGGACCUCAGCGGGCCCCUCCAGCUGCCAGACCCGGAGUGGACGGAGGAGAGGUUCCGGGUGGACCGCAAGAAGCUGGAAGUCAUGUUGUUAGCUGCCUCUGAGGGGAGAGUCAACGGGGGUGAGGAUUUCUUUCAGAAGAUCAUGGAUGAAACCCAAACGCAGAUUGCGUGGCCUUCCAAACUGAAAAUUGGAGCCAAGUCCAAAAAAGAUCCACAUAUCAAGGUGUGCGGGAAAAGAGAGAAUGUGAGAGAAGCAAAAGACAGAAUUAUGUCUGUCCUUGACACAAAGAGCAACAGGGUGACUUUGAAGAUGGACGUUUCCCAUACAGAGCACUCCCAUGUGAUUGGCAAAGGUGGCAACAACAUUAAGAGGGUGAUGGAAGAGACGGGGUGCCACAUCCAUUUCCCAGACUCCAACAGGAACAACCAGGCAGAAAAAAGCAACCAGGUGUCCAUCGCAGGACAGCCAGGAGGGGUGGAGGCGGCUCGUGUAAAAAUAAGGGAACUGCUGCCUCUUGUGCUGUCCUUUGAGCUUCCAGCCAUCAUGCAGGCCGACCCCAGCUCCCCCACGGUGCAGCACAUCUCUCAGACCUACAACCUCACCGUUUCCUUCAAACCCCCAACACGUCUCUACAGGGCCACCGGUGUAGUUCGGGGCUCCCAGAACAACACCAAUGCUGUCAAGAGAGGCACAGCUCUGCUGCUGGAGCACCUUGCUGGCAGUCUGGCGAGCACCAUCUCAGUCACCACCCACCUGGACAUCGCACCACAGCACCACCUUUUCAUGAAGGGGCGCAAUGGCAGCAACAUCAAGCACAUCACUCAGCGAACAGGAGCCCAGAUUCACUUCCCCGACCCCAACGCCCCCCAGAAGAAGUCCACUGUCUACAUUCAGGGCACCAUUGAAUCUGUUUGCCUGGCACGGCAGUACCUCAUGGGCUGCUUGCCUCUAGUGUUAAUGUUUGACAUCAAAGAGGACGUCGAGGUGGAGCCUCAGUGUAUUACGGCAUUGAUGGAGCAGCUGGAUGUCUUUAUCAGUAUUAAACCAAAGCCAAAGCAGCCCAGCAAGUCAGUGAUAGUAAAGAGCGUGGAAAGGAAUGCGGUCAACAUGUACGAAGCUCGAAAAUUCCUCUUAGGUCUGGAGAGCAACGGUGUGUCGUCUUCUUCUGCCCCUGGAGCGCUGACCCCCCCCACUAAUGGUCUGUCCCCGUCACUUAUCUGCCCCGUCGGCCUGGACAUCCUGACCUCAGCUGGACUGGGGCUGACCAAUCUGGGUUUCCUGGGUGCAGCAGCCCCCCACUCCAUGGCUAACUCAGCCAUUCCCAACGCUGUCCUCAACAGCUUAAACUCCUCUCUGAGCCCCAGCAACCCUCCACCGUCACCCUCUCUGUGGGCCAGCUCUCUCACCGGCACCCAGAGCUUUUCAUCUCAGCUGAUUCUGCACCCUGCCACUCAAGCCACUCUCAGCAGCAUCCUGCUUUCUGGAGUUCAGGGUUACACACACAGCACAACAUCUCCUCCACCCGGCCUCGCCCCCAUCGACAAGCAGCCGAACGGGGUCCCCGACUGCGGCCUCAAUGGACAUGUCAAGCACCCAGGCUCAGUGUAUGGGAGGUUACCAACAGCAGGACUUGCAGAAACAGUUUUGACCCCAGCGCCAUGUGACUCUGCCCAGGAAGCCAGCGGGCACAAUCCAUCAGAACCACUCUCCAGCAAGUCCAAUUCAGACGAAGGCUCUGAUACCUUUGUGGAGGUGGGCAUGCCCAGGAGCCCCUCUCAUUCAGCUAAUGGCAAUGAGCUGAAACAGAUGUUGGCUUCAUGUAAGACGGCAUCAGGGAAGCGACAGGCUGUGGAGCUCCUCCAGGGGACCAAGAACUCCCAUCUGCAUUCUGACUGCCUCCUGUCUGAUGGGAAGUCUGGCUCCUCAGACAGUCCUGUGGCGGAUAAGAAAGCACCAGGCAGUGAGCGGGCAGCUGAGAGGGCUGCACAGCAAAAUGAGAGGAUUAGACUCACACCGCAGACUUCUUUUCCUAACAUGCAGGCAUUUGAUUAUGAACAGAAAAAGUUGUUGGCAACAAAAGCUAUGCUAAAGAAACCUGUGGUGACUGAGGUUCGAACCCCCACAAACACAUGGAGUGGGCUGGGCUUCUCCAAGUCUAUGCCAGCUGAAACCAUCAAGGAGCUGCGGAGAGCCAAUCACGUCUCAUAUAAACCUAGCAUGACCACCACCUACGAGGGUUCCCCACUGUCUCUGUCUCGGUCUGGCAGUCGGGAAGGCAUCGGGAAUGGUAGUGACUCUGAAAACUGGAGGGAGAGAAACGGCUCUGGAAGUGGCCUUCCGAACCACAGCGACUUCCCCUCAUGUGUCAGCAGUCCCAAAAGGAAGCAGAACAAAUCUGCGACAGAGCAUUACCUCAGCAGUAGCAACUACAUGGACUCCAUUUCUUCUGUAACUGGAAGCAACGGCUGCAGCCUGAACUCGUCCCUGAAAGGCUCCGACCUGCCAGAGCUUUUCAGCAAGCUGGGUUUGGGGAAGUACACAGAUGUCUUCCAGCAACAAGAGAUUGACCUCCAGACAUUCCUGACCCUCACAGACCAGGACCUCAAGGAAUUGGGAAUCACCACCUUUGGGGCCCGCAGAAAAAUGCUGCUUGCUAUUUCAGAGCUAAACAAGAACAGGAGGAAGCUAUUUGAGCCACCCAUCAGGUCUUCCUUCCUGGAGGGAGGAGCAAGCGGACGCCUCUCCCGUCAGUUUAACUCCGACAUAGCCAGCGUAAGCGGCCGAUGGUAGGCUUCUCCUGAGGGUCAUCUUCAGCCCGUCCAUGAAAACCAGCUUCAGUGGUGCCAUUUGCAGCUGAGGCCUCCUAGUUUCUGCGCUCCGGCUUAAACGAAGACUGUUGCUUUUACUACAGUAUUAAAAAAAUAACAUGUAUUUGUUCAAAAAGCCAUACUUUUACCUUAAGUGCCAACAAAAGAAGGGAUUCCGUGGAUUGAAGUUCAGUGUUCACUUUUUAUGGAAAACACUAAGUCCAAAUGAAGCAUUUGUGUAUGAAGGUUGAUGUUAUGGUUCCAUAGAAGGGUAAUGUCCAGUAUUUCUUGUCCAUUUUUUUUUGUAUAAGGGAACAGGCAGAAUGAGAAAUUUAACCAUUUUAUAGAUUGAUACUACCUGCAUUUGCAUUAUGCUAUUGUAUCAGUGACAUGCACUUUAAAAAAAAAAGAAAAAACUACGUUUGCCUGUGACAGCCUUACUCCUUGGAUGGAAAUAAUUCCAUUGCGGCAUUUUUGUUUUUGUUUUUGACCCGAAAGCACAGACGUAGUUCGCAACAAACCAAAAACUCUGAGCACUUAGCCAGUGAGAGAUGCAGGUCAGCAAGUUUCUGUGGUGACUCUGUGACUUUACCACUUAAACCAAAGGGAAGUCAUUGUGACCUUUGACCUUAGUGAUUGGUGGAGAUUCCCCUAGAGUCAGCGUUCAAAGUUAAUUUGUCUUUGUAUAUCAAAACGAAACAAUUUAUGUUAUAUGCAUUAUGAUUUUAUGUUUAUUUGUAAUUUUCAUUUUAGGCUAUGAGUGGAAUGUUUUUUGGUAAUCGGUUUACAUAUGUAUUUUUUUUAUAAACCUUUAUUGAGUUUCUAUGAUUUGUUUUUCUUUUUUGCUUGUUUCUGCCCCUAAAUCUGUGGAGCCAUGGUAUGGCUGUGCCAUAUGACCGCAGCAGAGUUAUAAGGCAGUCAGGCUCAGUCUUAAAGGCCUCUGAUUGUGUAACAGAGAAACUUUCUGUGGUUCUCCUUCUGUUUAUAGUGCAUGACGUUUCAUCUCUUACUUGUCGCCACAUCUGUGUGCCUUAAAUCUCUCUGUAAGCUCCCCAUCAGAUAGGAAUCAGGAUAUUAUUAGCUGACUUAGUUUCAUUUAAGUUAAUUAGUUUGCUUACAAAACCAAGUAGGAAUACAUUUUUGACAUUCUGCACUGUUGAUCUGUAUUUUGCUUUUUAUUUUUACUUAUUUUUUUUAAAUGUAGCUUUUGUUUAGAAAAUGAAAACAGGAAGAAGUUUGCCCAGCAUUUGUUGAGCGUUUUUUCUAAAAAGUUUCAAUAUCUGUUCCAUUUCAAUUGUGUUAUACUUUUGCCAUUACUUUCUAGCAAUGUGCCCUAAAUACAAAAAAAUAAGUAAUAAUUAUCAUUUAAAAUAUUGUACAGACGGUAAGGAUGAAGAGAUUUGGUUCUGUUAAUUAAACUAUGACAGAAAGUUCUUAUGGAAUUUCAUGCAAAAUUUCACUUUUUGAUAAUAAUGAUCCCCUCUGUGGUGAUUUUUCACUAAUUCUCUAUUUUAAACUCUUCCCUGCCCACCAUUUUUAAUUUGCUUAGUGUUUCUAUGCAUAAUACUUUUUUUUUCCCAAAGCAAUAAAGCAAACUUGGAGUGAUUUUAUUUUAUUUUAUUUUUUACUUUUAUUUCUUUGUUACCAGUAACCCGGGCUGCUGAUUGGCCCUCCACUCAUCAUGGUACUAUAGAAGCACUGAUCCCAGCAGUGCUGUGACUCGUGUUCCUGCCUAGCGGACAUUUGUUUUCAUCCUUCACCUGGUUUUGACGCAUUUGCUCUGAUGGCAGCGGCUGUUCUUGUCCAAUUAAGCAAAUGUUCCGAAAAAGUAAUUGUUGCAUGUUAUAGCAGCUUGAUUAUGAAUCAGUGAAGGGAUUCAGGAGGUCAAAGAGUUUUCUGUCAGCUCAUCCAGUUUUUGUCCUUCAUGAAGUGCUUUAAUGAACAUGUCUUUGAUUUAUUGUUUUGUUUCUUUUACAGAGAUGUCUUUCAAUAAAUCUCUUGUAUUGCAAUCAAAUGGUACAUCUUAAGUGAACCACUACAGGAAGGACAUUUUGUUCAAUGUGUUCCAUCUGUUGCUACCGUUAAUUUGUGUGUGAGUGUGUGUAAGAAAGGUGAUAGGAAUUUGCGUUGAAGCAUUGUCAUGAGGUCAAAGCCCAGUUCACUGUUGCAUUUGUUGAUGCUCUUGUUUUUGUAACUCAUGCAAACAGGAGAUUUGUUUAAAAAAUGUACGUGAAAAAAUAAAUCCAAAAUAAAUGUUGGUUUAAACAU